AUGGCCAUGCAUAAGAAAGUGUGUAUCAUCGGUGCAGGCGUAUCCGGACUCAGAGCAGCACACAAGUUGCUCACUGCCAAAGAUACUUUGCUCCUACCGUCUGACGUCAUCAUUCUUGAGGCACAGGCCAGAAUUGGUGGCCGAAUCAAAACCGACACCACGCUGUCAAAACUAGGCCUUACAUAUGACCUAGGCGCUGCGUGGUUUCAUGAUGCCUUGACCAAUAGUGUGCUUUACUCCAGCAUUGAGGACGGGUCUUUUGACGUGGAAUCUGACGGGUACUUCAAUGACAAGGAUAUGUGCUACUAUGCCAAAGAACAUCCGGGCAGAGUUGAUGCCGCUGGCCUUAAACUAGAACAGGUGGUGGAGGAUAUUGAGAAAUUCAUCGAAAUCCAUUUCCUGCACUCUCUAGGCGUCCCCGACGUAUCUCUUUCAGAGAUCGUUGCCUUAUACAUGAAGAAACAGGACUGUUUUUUGACGGCGCCACAAAAACAAUUGUGUGGACGCAUGUGUCGGUACCUCGAGCUUUGGUACGGAAUCAGCGCCCACAAAAUGAGUGGGAAACAUGCUGUCAUGAGCCACCAGGGCCGCAACUUGUACAACAAAAAGGGGUACUCGUUUCUCGUAGAAAAGCUCCAGUCUCAGACAAAAUGCACCAUUAUGACUAGCGAGCAAGUCACGACAAUCCAGCGUGACAUCUCGGGCCAAAAUUUUCGUCAUCUUGUCACAACAGCGGCAGGCACAGAAAUUGCGGCGGACUAUCUCGUGGUCACUGUGCCGCAGUCAAUCCUAGCCCUUGACGCCGAGCAUUCGUACGGACUCACGUGGGACCCGCCGCUUCCCGCGCGUAUUCAGCAGUCGCUCAAAACCAUACAUUUUGGUGCAUUAGGAAAGGUGAUUUUCGAGUUCAGUGAGAUCUGGUGGGAUGCCUCGGAGGACGCGUUUGAGGUUUUGGCAGAUGAGAAUACCGGCGCUGAUGUGGCCACAGCUUCAGGGCUCGACAUCUCGCCAUUCAUGUACCCGAUCUAUGUUUUCAACUACGCCACAAUCCAGCCUUCCGCGGCCAGCUUGGUGAUCUUGACGCAGUCUCCAGUCACCGAGUAUUUGGAGGCAAAACCGCAUCUUGCGUGGGCCUACAUGAAGCCCAUGCUUGCCAAAAUCAGCAUGCAACAGAUUUGCGAGCCGAUCAACACCAUUGUUACAGACUGGACCCAAAACCCGUAUUCUCGAGGCUCGUACUCGGCUUUGCAUGUAGGCGACGAUCCAAGCGAUGCCAUCAUCCAACUUUCAGGAGAAUACGAGUCAUGCGGUUUGGGAAUCAGUUCUACUGUGCGUUUUGCAGGCGAGCACACUAUCGCCGAUGGUGCUGGAUGUGUUCAUGGGGCAUAUGAUAGUGGCGAGCGGGCUGCCGAUUGGAUAUUGAAACACCUUGCAGAAAACCAUCAGGCUAAAAAUGCAAGCUGA